UUGGGCACCUCCGGCCAGGCCCUCGCCUUCCUCUCUCCCCUCUGCUCCGCACGCCCCGGCCUGGCCCCCUCCCUGCUCUCCCUCCCGGGCCAUGGAGCUGGGCUGGGCCUGCAGCCACUCGGUCUGGCUGUGCUUCGCCUGCUGCCUCCUCCGCAGGCUCCUGCGCUGUGACCUGUUGCUGUCUGCCAGGCUGCUGCUGCAUGUGGGACUCGUGGUCCUGCUCCAAGCUGUCAGCCAGAGCUUCCUGCCCCUGCCUCUCAACGCCGCCCUCACUGGCACCGCCUGCUGGCUUGUCUUGGGAGGGGCUGCGCACAGCAAGAGGAUCCCUACAGCGGGGAAAGCCGUUGUCGUUACAGGGUGUGAUUCCGGCUUUGGAAAAGAGGCAGCGUCUUACCUCGACUCCCUGGGGCUUAAAGUCUAUGCCAGCGUACUGGACUUGAACAGCCCGGGAGCCCAAGAACUGCGGCAGAGCUGUUCGUCCCAGCUGACCCUGCUGGAAAUGGACCUGACCAAACCGGAGGACAUCCAGAGAACCCUGCACUUUAUCAAGGCUCAGUCUGAGAAGACAGGGCUUUGGGGUCUGGUGAAUAACGCUGGAUUCAAUGAUAUCAUUGCUGAUGCUGAUCUGACUCCAGUGCGCAACUUCCGUGCUUGCAUGGAAGUGAACUUCUUUGGGGCCUUGGAGAUGACCAAAGGACUGCUGCCCUUAUUACGUGCAUCACAAGGAAGGAUAGUAACAGUCAGCAGCCCAGCAGGAACGAUGCCAUUUCCCUGCUUAGCUGCCUAUGGGGCCUCCAAAGCUGCGCUUAGCCUCCUCAUGGAAUCCUUCCGGUGUGAACUUGCACCCUGGGGCGUCAAAGUGUGCGUCAUCUUUCCUGGGUAUUUUAAAACCGGAAGUACUUGUAGUCCCGAAUACUGGAAGGAAAAGAAACAUCAGCUGCUCGAAGCGUUACCUCCUGACCUGCUGGAGGAGUACGGCAAAGAGUACGUUGAGGAGAUCAACAAGCAGUUUGUCGUUUUCAUGAAGAGGGCUGUGGAGGAUCUCAGCUCAGUGGUGAACAGCAUAGCCGAUGGCCUCCUCUCCCCUCAGCCUCUGGUGAAAUACUACCCCGGCAGUGGCCUCGGGCUGAUGUACUUCAUCCACCACUACUUGCAUCACACUGUCCGUGACUUCUUACUGAGAGCUUUUUUCAUUAACCCCCGGCUGCCCAAGGCCCUGCAGCUGAAGCACUGAUCGACACUCGUUUUGAUACCUGUGACACCUGUAAAGGAGAAGCCGAGAAAGCCAGCCCUGCGCUACCCUUCUCAAGACCAAAUGAGCCUCCAGUGGAAUGUGCUUCCACUGAAAACCUAUCCUUUUGAUUGUGGAGAGGCACUAUGCAGGAAUCCUUGAUCCCCGCCCACCCCUCCACCAUGGUUAGGAAUUAUUUUGGGAGGCAAGGGGAAGAGAAUGCACUUGUCUCUUUCUUUCUGACAGAGCAAGAACCAAAGUUCUCAGAAGAUGCUGGAACCUGCAGCAAAUUCAUUGAGAGGCAUACAGGUGCCCUGGAGCAAAGAGAUGGGGCGGUACCCCCAUCCUUGGCUUUCUGUUCCCCAACUGGCUUUUCUCCUACACCUCAACCUUGCGAUAUACCUCCAUAAACUCGGAUUAAAGCCAAACCAACUUUGCCUUGCUGCUCAGAGACCUGUGAUCACUGUCGUUGUUGGUCGCACUCCAAGAGAUAACAGACUUUUCUUUGUUUGCCAAUAGACCAACCAUCUCUGCUGCUGCUGGGGUCAGGGGGCAGGGAGGGGGACUUCAGAAGCCCUCCUUCCCUUUCUUCCAGAGUCUCUACGGCAUGGAGGGGCUGAGCCGAGAAGGCUCGCCAAACGGCUGCAUUGCUUCCAGCAACGGCCAGAGACUUCCAUGAGGAUGGCUUGCAAAUGAACACCAGUGGAGCAAGGCCAUUAUUGUAACAGGCGACGUUAAAUAAAAAUAAGUUAUGUGUA